AAAAUCUAUUGUUUUGUUCUGUCGACGUCAUCAGCUAGCGCCUGUUCAGCGGGACCGUCGCGGCAUUUGAAACAGCUCCAUCUGUAGCUGCACAAAAUAUUCAUUUACCCCGGAUUUGCCUUCAUUGGAACGAACUGAACUGAUCGAUAUGAUCGAGAAGGAGGACCCGGUUAUUAGUGAGGAGGAAGCGGCACAGUACGACCGCCAGAUCCGACUGUGGGGGCUGGAUGCCCAGAAGAGGUUGCGAGGGUCUCGAGUGCUCCUGGCAGGUUUGGGUGGUCUCGGGGCUGAAGUGGCCAAGAACUUAAUCUUAGCUGGAGUUAAAGGACUCACCUUGCUGGACCAUGAACAGGUGUCGGAGGAGUCAUGCCGAGCUCAGUUCUUGGUUCCGGUCACAGCUCAGGGUCAGAAUCGUGCCAAGGCCUCUCUGGAGCGAGCGCAGAACCUCAACCCGAUGGUGGAAGUGCACGCCGAUCCAGACAGAAUCGAAGACAAACCAGACGACUUCUUCCUCCAGUUCGAUGCGGUGUGUCUGACAGGCUGCUCCAGAGACCUGAUGAUACGGGUUGACCAGCUCUGCUCCAAACACAAGAUCAAGGUCUUCUGUGGAGAUGUCUACGGUUACUACGGUUACAUGUUCUGCAACCUGGGCCAGGCACACAACUAUGUCGAGGAGAAACCCAAAGUAGUAAAACCCAGCGGUGAAUCCAACGACGGCCCGGAGGCAAAGAAAGCCAAAGUCGACCCCAACGAGACCACCAUGGUGAAAAAAACGGCCAGUUUUUGCACUCUGAAGGAGGCUCUGGAGGUUGACUGGACAAGCGAGAAGGCCAAAGCGGGUCUCAAGCGAACACCAGUGGACUACUUCCUGCUCCAAGUUCUGCUGAAGUUUCGUACCGACAAAGGCCGUGACCCCGACCCGCAGUCCUUUCCAGAAGACAGUCAACUCUUGAGGCAAAUCCGCGACGACGUCCUCGAGUCCCUGUCAUUGAACAGCGACCUUCUGAGUGACGACUUCAUCAGCUACUGCUUCUCUGAGAUGUCUCCAGUGUGUGCAGUCGUGGGAGGAGUUCUGGGACAGGAAGUUGUUAAGGCCCUCUCUCAGAGAGACGCUCCUCACCGCAACUUCUUCUUCUUCGACGGUCGUAAAGGCAAUGGCGUGGUGGACUACUUUGGACCAAACUGAACGUGUCAGGCUACGCCGGUUUACAGGCAAACUUCAGUUUGUCCUGUCUGAUUAUUUAUGGCAGCGCUUGUUCUACUCGUUCAGUUUCUUUUCUUUCUUUUUUUACAGUUGGAUCCAUUUCGCCCCAAAAUCUGAUACAAGAACAGCAGGAUGUUUUUUGUUUUUUUACAUUUGUUAAUAAAACAUUGUGUAGUAAAAUGU